CAAAGAGAAGACAGAUGAGGAUUUAGAGAGUCAGCGAACAUCAGUGAGAAGAGACGUUUUGAAGAACAAAGCAAAACAGUUAUUCUGUGGAGGGAGAGACUGAACGUCUCGAGCAUCGAACAUGUUUGUUCUCAUCUGGUUGACUCUGUUUGUCUCUGUAAAAGGCAGCAUUGCUGACACAGGUGCCUCAGCCUGGGGACAACAACUCUGUGUUGGAAGAUACUGUGUUACUCUGAGUGAGCGAGAACUAACAGCAGAGGCUGGACUCUGUGUUGUGAUCCCGUGUUCUUUCACUACUGCUGAUGAGUUUACACCCAAACAUACAAUUUGGUACAAAUGUGAAGCAUCUCAAAAAUUUUGCACUGAUGCUGACAUAAUAUUUCACAGCAACAAAAACACAGACAAAAAAGCUCAGGCUGGGUUUGAAGGACGAGUGUCACGUUUGGAGCCUGAUGUGAGUCAGAAAAACUGCAGCAUCAUCAUUAAUGAUCUCAAAGAGUCUGAUUCUGGAUCUUAUCAGCUCAGAGUUACUGGUGAACUGAAUGGACAACAAGAUGCAUUCUCAUUCAUUCCAAGAGUAAAUGUCUCUGUUAAAGGUCUUAGUCAGAAGCCCACAGUAAUGAUUCCCACACUGACAGAGGGACAGCAGGCCACACUGACCUGCACUGCUCCUGGUCUCUGCUCUGGAUCUGUUCCUGAAAUCACCUGGACAUGGAGAGGAGCAGGAGGGACUGAAUCUUACAUUACAGGAAACAGCACUGAUUUCAAGACUGAGAAUCUGACUGAUGUAACACAGAGACACAUCUCAACUUUAACCUUCAAUCCUUCAGCUGAACACCACGACACUAGUGUAACCUGCAAUAUCAGCUUCACAGGUGGAGAAAGUACAGAGAAGACUUUGGCUGUAAAUGUGAACCAUAAGAAAGAAAUUACAAUCAGUGGUGUUACAACUGUUAAGGAGGGAGAUGUUCUGAAUCUGACCUGCAGUGUUGAAAGUUUCCCUCCAUCCAUGAUUGUGUGGUCUAAACUUGGUUCUGACACAAACCUGCACAGUUAUUCUGGAUCAGCCAGGCUUGUCAUUGAGAAUGUGAAACCAGAACAUUCUGGACAGCACAUCUGUGCAGUUACAUAUAUGAACAAUACCCUGAAGAAGGAUGUCAAUAUCACAGUGAUAUAUAACAGGACUGCUCAGAUCAUUGGGAAUACAACUGUUAAGAAGGGAGAUGUUCUGAAUCUGACCUGUAAUGUUGAUAGCUUUCCUCCAUCUCUGAUUGUGUGGUCUAAACUUAGUUCUAACACAAAGCUGCAAAAUGACACUGGAUCAGCUACACUUGUCGUCCAUAAUGUGACAUCAGAACAUUCAGGGCAGUACAUCUGUACAGUAAAACAUCUGGACACAACUCUUAAAUCAUCUGCUGAUGUAACUGUGACUUGGCAUACAAAGAUACAGAAUGGCUCAGGAUGUGUGCUUCAGUCUGAGGGUUUGACCUGUGUGUGCAUCAGUGAAGGCUUUCCUUUACCUACCAUCAAAUGGCCUCUGUUGAAUCAACACACUGAGUACUCUGUCAUUACCACUGUAUUAAAUCACACAGUCAACAGCACUGUCAGUGUAACUGUGAAAAACCAUGGCAACAGCACUGUCCAAUGUGUCAGUAACAAUGGAAAUGGAGAAGAAAGAGAAAAUCUGCUGAUCAAUAACAACUUGUCCAAAAAAGAUGAGGAGUCAUCGGGUCUUAGGUGGCGAUUUCUGGAAAUUAUCAUUGCAUUUUUGAUUGGUGCAGUUCUUUCAUCAGGUGUUUGCUUUUUGGCCAAAAAGUGCUACAGGACUGAAAUGACGAGUUCCGGACAUUUGAAUGACACUUUUGUGAUGCUGACAUGUCCAGAUGAUCCACUGAUAUAUGAUGGUCAAGCAUUACAAAACAACCAGACCCUGAACUCAAACCGUGGGACAAAUGAAGUGAAAUAUGCCAGCAUUGAUUUUUCCCUGUUAAAAACACACAGCAGCAGAAAGGCAGCAAGGACGCGAGAAAGCACAAAGACGGAGUACGCUGAAAUUAAGAAGGUAAUAAAAAAAGAACAAGAAGAUGAUGAUGGAGAGGAAGGUAAAAUGUUGGAGGGGGAGAUGAAACACUGUGAACCAGAAAAGAAGGAAGAGGAAGAUGAGCCAGUGUACUCCACGGUGAAUGACAUAAUAGAUGAUAUUUGAGGAAUUCUUUUGUAUAGUUGCUAAGGAUAAAUAUUGAUCUCAUCAGAUGUAAUGGAUGGAUUGAUGGAUAGAUGGAUUUCCAUUUUGUGUUGGAAUAACUACCUGUAGAACAAUUUUCUCUAUGCUGUAAACUUCACAAAUAUUAACAAAUCAAAUCUUACAGAAUGUUAGCUCUGAAUAUAGUGCUCUGCAAUAGUUUAAUGAUUACAAAUAUUAGAAAAAUGUUAUGGUUAAGCAAAUUUUAGAUACCUAUACUUCUUUACUAUAAAAUCUUGCCCAGUAACAUUUAGCUGUAGUAGUAAAUAUAGUGGCUUAUCUUUUUCUUGACUUUAUUCUUGAUGUAUUUUGCAGAUUUUUAACGGUUUAAGAUUCCAGGUGGCAGAUGGCCAACACUGACAUUGUCUGGUCAAACAUAUUUGAAAAUGUGCAGCCAAAGUGUGCCAAUGUCAGGGUUUCUGGGUCGUUGACCCAGUGUUUUCAGUUAGUCCUCAUUCUUUAUCUUCUGCCUGUUUCACUUCCUGUUUUAUUGUGUUAACCUUGGUCCAUGUGCAUUAUGUUCAGUCCUCUUCCCAUUUAUCAUUAGUUCAUUAUGUUCAGCUGUGUACUGACCAGUUUCUAAUCGCUCCUCACUCAGCCUGUGUAUUUAUGUUCCUCAGUUCAGCCAGUCCAGUGUCGUGUCAUUGAUGUUCCUGUGAUGUUAUGUCGUCUUCCCGUACGUAUGUUCAGAUCAGCCAGUCAGUCAGUCAGCCAGCCAUUCAGUUCUUCAGUCAGUCGUCCACUCAGUCAGCCAUUUCAGUUCGGGUUCUGUUCAUCCAGCCUGCUUUCAAUAAACCCCAUUAUCCUGCACCGUGA